UGAAUGUAAAAUGAAAUGCAAGGUUUGCUCGCGCACUACCAGACGGCUAAAAAUUUUAAAUUGUGGACAUCGUUAUUGCAGACACUGUGUAAAUGGCGUUUUGCAAUUUUGUUUUGAUGAAGAUGGUGAAUUUCACUGUCUAUUAGGAUGUACAGAGAAGACGGCAGUAGAGACAACACCCUCUCCAGCAGCCUGUUUGACAGAUGAAUUGAAAAAGAUAAACAAAGAGAACGGUGAUAUGGAGCUGGAAAGUGCACCGACUGACGAACACGAAAAAUAUACAUUUAAAGAACUUGAAGAUAUCAUUAGAGAUGGUGAUGACAAGACAUUUCUAUUAAUUCUUACAAACAAUCCAAAUGUCCUUAACGUGAGAGAUGACGAUGGAAAUACACUGUUAAUGGAAGCAGCAUUUCGCAAUAAACCAUCGAUAGCGAAAUAUUUAAUCGAUGCGGGUUGUAAUAUAAAUGAUGUGAAUAAACGUAAUCAAAAUGCAUUUAUAUGUAGCGCAUGUUAUGGACAUCAUGAUGUAUUAAACCUUCUCAUAAAUCAUGACGAUACAAACAUUAACAACGAAGACAGUUUUGGCAGCACACCAUUAUAUCUUGCUGCUGCUCUGUGUCGUGUUGAAUGUGUUCAAUUACUGUUAUCAUUACCCCAUAUUGAAAUCAAUGAACAACGGAUGUUUACUUCUGAUGCCACUAUCAAAAGCUUAUUAAAAGAACAUCGCAGAAAAUAAUAGAAUUAAUAAUUUUUUUUUUAAUUUUUACGUUUUUUAUAACUGAAUGUAGUUUAUAAGAUCAUGACAUAUAUUUUAAAGGCUUUUAUUACCCGGGGAAAAGGGCGGCAUCGAUAUUCUCGAAAAUCGUGCAAUGUUAUUGGUUAGAACUUACGUCAUAGCGGGCAAUUGCCCACGGUAAUGCCCGCUACAAUAGCAACCGUGUUUAAAAUUUAAAUAUGGUAGCAUUAAAUGUAAAUAAACACGGAAAAAAGUAAACAAAACGCAAAAUAAAAGUGGAUCUUACUUUUAUCUUUUAAAGAAUUCUAUGUUGUGGCUAGAAUAAAAGCCUGAUAUGCUUACACGAUAUUCGAUUUUAAAAAAGUAUAUUUUUUAUUCGAAUGUCCGUUCCAUGGGAAUAGUUUCUAUAAAGACAUGGUUUCUACAUCCUGCUUGAAAUGUUAUAUUUUUUAUCGUAAU